AUGGACUACGUCUUCAAGAUGGUGGUGAUCGGGGACUCGGCGGUGGGCAAAUCGCAGCUCCUGGCGAGGUUCUCCAAGAAUGAGUUCAACGCCGAUGGCCGCGCCACGGUGGGUGUGGAGUUCCAGACGAAGACCCUCCUUAUCGACCAGAAGCUCGUCAAGGCGCAGAUCUGGGACACCGCCGGGCAAGAACGCUACCGCGCCGUCACCAGCGCCUACUACCGCGGCGCGCUGGGGGCGCUUAUCGUCUACGACAUCACCAGCGCCGCCUCCUUCGAGCAGGUCCCCCGCUGGCUAGAGGACCUGCGGGCCUACGCCGACCCCGGCAUGGUGGUACUCCUGGCCGGCAACAAGUGCGAUCUCGGAGAGCUGCGGGCGGUGCCGACGGCGGUGGGCCGGGAGCUGGCGGAGCGGGAGGGGCUGCUGUUCCUUGAGACCUCCGCCCUGGACGCCACAAACGUAGAGAAGGCCUUCCUCACCGUGCUGGAGCAGAUCUUCUAUAGGGGUGCUGGGAGGAGGUCGCUCGCCGGCGACGAGCGGCCGGCGAUGGUGCUUGAGGCCUCAUCUUUCAAGGGGACGAAGCUGGAGCUGCCGGAAACCGGCCGGCGACCCGGCUGCUGCUCCCAGUAG